AGCUCAGGAAACAAAGACAUUAGAAGGACACUUGGCUCUUGGCUACCCAGCCUCACGCAGCCGUUCCCCAGCUCACUGGAGUUUGGGUUUGCCUCAAAGGAUACUUCAAGAAUUGAACAGAGAAGUCCCACGCGAGCUGCCUGAAGCUGCCGGUCUUCUCUUGCCCUGCCUUCCACAUAAAGAACCAGGCCCAGUCCAGUUGGUGACCUUUAGUUUCUGCCAGCCGUGGAUGCCUUUGACAGCAUGACCGCGGAGGAUUCCACCACAGCCAUGAACAGCGACCCAACAGUGGGAUCUUCCUCCAAGGUGCCAGAGGGCGUGGCGGGCGCGCCCAAUGAGGCUGCCCUGUUGGCACUGAUGGAGCGCACCGGCUACAGCAUGGUCCAGGAGAACGGGCAGCGCAAGUAUGGGGGACCCCCACCGGGCUGGGAGGGCCCGCAUCCCCAGCGAGGCUGCGAGGUCUUCGUGGGCAAGAUCCCGCGGGAUGUGUAUGAAGAUGAGCUGGUGCCUGUGUUUGAGACGGUGGGUCGCAUCUACGAGCUGCGACUCAUGAUGGAUUUCGACGGCAAGAACCGCGGCUAUGCCUUCGUCAUGUACUGCCACAAGAAUGAAGCCAAGCGAGCUGUUCGUGAGCUCAACAACUAUGAGAUCCGCCCGGGCCGCCUGCUGGGCGUCUGCUGCAGCGUGGACAACUGCCGCCUCUUCAUCGGUGGCAUCCCCAAGAUGAAGAAGCGAGGGGAGAUCCUGGAGGAGAUCGCCAAGGUCACCGAGGGCGUGCUCAACGUGAUCGUGUACGCCAGCGCGGCAGACAAGAUGAAAAACCGAGGCUUCGCCUUCGUGGAGUAUGAGAGCCAUCGCGCCGCCGCCAUGGCGCGCCGCAAGCUCAUGCCGGGCCGCAUCCAACUGUGGGGCCACCAGAUCGCCGUGGAUUGGGCCGAGCCGGAGAUCGACGUGGACGAGGACGUGAUGCAGACGGUGAAGAUCCUCUACGUGCGCAACCUCAUGAUCGAGACCACUGAGGAGACCAUCAAGAGGAGCUUCGGCCAGUUCAACCCAGGCUGCGUGGAGCGGGUCAAGAAGAUCCGCGAUUACGCCUUCGUGCACUUCACUAGCCGCGAGGACGCCGUGCACGCCAUGAACAACCUCAAUGGCACAGAGCUGGAGGGCUCCUGCUUGGAGGUCACGCUGGCCAAGCCUGUGGACAAGGAGCAGUACUCCCGCUACCAGAAGGCAGCCAAGGGCGGCGGAGGCUCAGCGGAGGCGGUAGCCCAGCAGCCCAGCUACGUGUACUCCUGCGACCCCUACACGUUGGCCUACUACGGCUACCCUUACAACGCGCUCAUCGGGCCCAACAGGGACUACUUCGUAAAAACAGGCAGCAUAAGAGGCCGAGGGCGAGGUGCAGCUGGAAACAGAGCCCCGGGGCCCAGGGGUUCCUACCUCGGAGGAUACUCUGCUGGCCGUGGUAUAUAUAGCCGAUAUCACGAAGGCAAAGGCAAACAGCAAGAAAAAGGAUAUGAGCUUGUGCCAAAUUUGGAAAUCUCUACUGUCAACCCAGUUGCCAUUAAACCUGGCACAGUGGCCAUCCCCGCCAUCGGUGCCCAGUACUCCAUGUUCCAGGCAGCCCCAGCCCCGAAGAUCAUCGAAGAUGGCAAGAUCCACACAAUGGAACACAUGAUCAGCCCCAUUGCCGUGCAACCUGACCCCGCCACUGCCGCCGCCGCCGCUGCCGCUGCUGCAGCCGCCGCCCAUGCUGCUGUCAUUCCUGCGGUGUCCACACCGCCACCUUUCCAGGGCCGUCCAAUAACUCCUGUGUACACCGUGGCACCAAAUGUUCAGAGAAUUCCCACCGCCGGCAUCUACGGGGCCAGCUACGUCCCCUUCGCUGCUCCGGCCACUGCCACGAUCGCCACACUACAGAAGAACGCUGCGGCUGCCGUGUACGGGGGCUACGCCGGCUACAUACCUCAGGCCUUCCCCGCUGCUCUCCAGGUGCCCAUCCACGACGUCUACCAGACUUACUGAGACCCGGGACCAGAGCCAAGGCAAGCCACCAAACACCACUGAAGGAACACUUUAUUAUUUAUGAAGAAGAACGUGUUGGAUUGGCACACGUGCGAAACCUGCAAGUGAAGAAUGUUGUCGAAUAUCACACUGAAAUAUUUUAUAUCCAUGAAGUUUUCACUCUUUUUUUUUUUUAAAAAAAAAAAAAAAGACUUUUCAACUUAGCAGGCCCGCGUUCAUACAUUUCUAAGAGACUUGCAACGCCUCACGCCUUAAUACCAUCUUUUAAAAUUUGUACUCUCAACUGCGUUUGUACAGAGGUUUGGUUUUGUUUUUUUAAGGAUAUAUUUUCAGUAUGAAGGUUAUUUUCUUAACUUCUGCACUCCAGAGAUUUCUAUUUUGUAGAACCUUUCAAAAAUAUAUCAGCUAUAUAUAUAUAUUAAAAAAAAAAAGCACAUCCGAGCAUCUAGGGAACUAUUUUAAAAACUAUAUUCAAUAUUUAAAGAUACAAACUGUAGUGCUUUGAAAUGCUACGUAAAACCUUAUUUUCAAAGGUGAUGCUGGAAAGUGCAAUUUCAAAAUGAGUAAAAAAAUCUCUGCUGUAUUUCCACUGGCAUUAAGGGUUGACGAUAUUGCCAUGUAUUCUCAUCAUGCUUUCUGGUUUGGGGGUUGUUUUGUUUCAUUUUAUUUUGUUAACAAUCUGUCUUUAAGUCAACGUGGAAAAGACUCGUCACAGCCAGAGUCCCAACACUGGAGCGCUCUCAC